AUGUUCUUCUCCUUGGCACUGACCGCGGGCAUCUGCAUCCUCGCCGUCGUCUUCGGAGUUCUGCUGGCUCUCGUCAUGUUCGGGACGUCGUUCUGCCUGGGCCCGGGGCCCGACCCCGAGGCCGCGGUCCGCUCCCCGCACGGCGCCGAGCGGACGCUCGUCGCGGACCCCCACAGCAACGACGGCGCCCCCGCCCACGCCGCGCCCCCGCCCCCGCCCAAGCCCGCGUCGCCUCCGCCCAAGCCCGCGCCGCCUCCACCUAGCUGCUCCCGCACCGCCGCCGACGACAGCUCCAAAACCGUCCCCCCCACCCCACCCCCACCCUACAGCAUCUCACCCACUUCCUGCGCCCGCACCUGCCCCAAAGCCCUAACCAGCCCUUCCUGUCCCGCCAGCCUCCGCCACAUCUCCGCGCUGCCGAAAGAGGCGGCGGCGGCGGCGGCGGCGGCGGAGGCCGCCACCUCGGAGCCGGAGCCGGAGCCGGAGCCGGCGCAGACGCGGGGUCCCCCGACCGACAGCUGCCGUCAACCACCAAACCACCAAUCCCCCGAACGUGGGGAGCAGGAGGAGACAAGACGGGUGGGAGGAGAGGAAGGAACGCCGACGGAGGAGGAGGCGUCCGAAAGCUAAGUCUAGUCCGCCUAAAACAGCCAGCCUGUUUCCUUUUUCCUUGGCGAGCCCACGGAGCGGCGAGGCGGGCCAGGGAUAAGGGCAGAGAUGGGAGGAGUACGGGGGGAGAGGAAAAGGGAUAGAAAGGAAGGAGGGAAAUAGACAUGUGUUAGCGCGAAACCUGUCGUUGUCGGCCGUGUCACAUAGGUACCAUUUCUGGUUUCGAAUCGACGCAAUUAUGCAUUUGUCCAUCGGUAUACGCUUGCGCUACGCGGGCAUCUGUGACCUUUGUUCUAGCUACUCAGCCCUAGCCAGAACCGUAGCCCCCGGAUCAGCACACCAGAAUAACCCCCCGUGGAUCUAUCCAUCUGCGCUUUCCCUACCUUGACGCGUAGGCGGA